GGAGGCUGGGGGCUGAGAAGUGGGGACUUGGUGGGAUAUCUGGCCGGCACUGAGGUACAUUUGUCCAAGAAUUCUGUUGCUGGAGCAAGAUCCAUCCAUCCAUUCAUUUACGGGCCUUCUCACAAUGGAUUGCCAAGAAAAUGAGUACUGGGACCAAUGGGGACGGUGUGUCACUUGCCAACUGUGUGGACCUGGACAAGAGCUCUCCAAGGAUUGUGGUUAUGGAGAGGGUGGAGAUGCAUACUGCACAGCCUGCCCUCCUCGCAGAUACAAAAGCAGCUGGGGACACCAUAGAUGUCAGACUUGCAUCACCUGUGCUGUCAUCAAUCGUAUCCAGAAGGCCAAUUGUACAGCUACCUCUAAUGCCAUCUGUGGGAACUGUCUGCCCAGAUUCUACCAAAAGACACGUAUUGGAGGCCUACAAGAUCAAGAAUGUAUCCCGUGCACAAAGCAGACACCCUCCUCUGAAGUUCAGUGUGCCUUCCAGCUGAGCUUAGUGAAGGCAGAUGUACCCACAGUAUCCCCUCAGGAGGCCACACUUGUUGCACUGGUGAGCAGUCUGCUCGUGGUGUUUACCCUGGCCUUCCUGGGGCUCUUCUUCCUCUACUGCAAGCAGUUCUUCAACAGACAUUGCCAGCGUGGAAGUUCGCUUCAGUAUGAGGCUGGUGAGACAGCAGAGGAGGAAUCUCUCUUCCCCAUACCACCUGGCCAGAAGACCAGCCCUGAGUCCCCACUGAGUGAAAGCAUAUUUGAGACCCAGCCACUUAAUUCCAUCCUAGAUGACAACAGCAGCUCAACUCAUGGCUUCCCCAUACAAGAAUCUUUUACCUUGGCCUCCUGCGCCUCAGAGAGCCACUCCCACUGGGUCCACACUCCCAUUGAAUGCACAGAGCUGGACCUGCGAAAGUUUUCCAGUUCUGCUUCCUAUACUGGAGCUGAGACAUUAGCAGGAAAUGCAGCUGAAAGCUCUGGAGACAGGCCGGAGCUCACUGUGCUCUUUGAAGUCCUCAGCCCUUAACUCUACUGAGGUGAGCUGGAAAGUAACCAACCCUGGGUCCUGCUCUGCUCCUUGGGCCACACAGACCUCAUCUGCUUCCUGUGUCGUGAGAUAGCCCUGAAGAAGUCUAAAGAGAGCAUCUCCUGUCUGGAAAGUACCACUUUGGUUCAUUUAAAGUAUGGGGUACUUAAAACUGAAUCCAGUUUCAUGUGAAAUUGUCUUACCAAUGUAGAGUAAGAUAGAAUUGUCAAGUAAUCACCUCAAACAGGUGACGUUUUUCUGCUAUUGUACCCUAACCACUGGCCUAAACCAUUUUUUGAGGGAUGGAGAGAAGAAGCAGAUAAUGAGAUUGCCCCAUUGGUUUCUAACUUGCUCUACUCCCUCCCUAGGUCUCUUGGGCUCAUGGCAGCCCAAUCAUUCUCUCUGGAGUCUCCUGCCUUGUUCUUAAACCACAACAGCAGCAGGGGCAUGAGAUAUGAUAUCUACAACAGCCUGUACUAUACAGACAGAGCACAUCCUAUCUCAUCCUACCAAAGGAUUGAUUCUUCAUCAUUUUCCCAAGACUAACCAGCAGCAUUUCUUGCGUUCCUAUCCUAGCUAGCCUAGAAAGCCAGAUUACCCAGUCGUGGGACUACCAGACAUGUUCCUAGCUCAGCUUGAUUAUAGACAAGAGGGGAAUAGAUGGCAGUGAAUGGGGUAGAGUUUUACUGCCUGCCUUUUUGGUCAGGUGAACCUAAAGGAGGAGCCUCUCAGUAUCCUAUUGAUACAUCUACCUUGUACUUUAGAGACAAAAUCAAACUUUUCCUAUUCAGCUACUCUGCACUGCUCCCCUCCCCAGUACACACACACACACACACACACACACACACACACACACAUACACACACACACACACACACACACACACACACACACACACACACACCCCUACACACAUGUUAGGAUAGGCGUGAAACCUCAAUUCCCCAUACAUCUCUUAGACUGCUGUGGCUGUGACAAUCACAGAGCUAAUCCCUUUGCCCCCUUUCCCCUUACAGGUUUCUUACCUUCUUUAGUGGGGAUCCAACUCAGUUUCCUUUAAAAUGGUACUUCCUAAAGUUCCUUUUAUCUUAUUUAUCUUCUUUUCUUGCCUCUUUUGUCCCUUCAUGGUGCCUGAUCUUCUUAAGCCCAAGGUUGAGUCUCUACAUCCCCAGGGCCAAACUCAGAGCUCAGAGCAUUUUUAGGGUGAUUGUGAAGUCCCUGAGCUCUAGGGGGACACUUAAGACCUUAGGUUUUUGUUAAAGCCUGCCCCAGGGCCUCUCAGGAAACAUUGGUGCUCUUAGUUUAGAGAAAAACCAAUCAAUUGCUAAGCCAUCAAGACCAGUUUCACACGCUUCUUAGAAUAAAGUAGAACUUCUCCCUCCAUGGCUGAUACUACAUGGUAGAUUGGAACAUCGAGGCUCAGGUGUAGGCACCACGUACUGAUUUUAAGUCUCCCUUAUGUCCAUAAUAGGAUAAUUAGGCUGACAUCUACUCCCUUACAUAGAUCACAUUUUGAAAUAAAAAUUGCCCAGAUGAAUAGAGCAAUUAUUUUAUUUGCUUGGUAUUAAUAGCAGCCUAUAUAGUCCAGCAUACCCAGAAAAGAGCUAUAGAAAAUAGAUCUUAGUGACCUGGAUAACCAUGAUGGUGUGGUCACUCACCCAGAGCCAGUAUGAAGUAUGGAGUAUAGAGUAUGAAGUUAAGUGGGCCCUAGGAAGCACUGCUGUCAAUAAAGCUAGUGGAGGUGAUGGAAUUCCAGCAGAGCUAUUUAAAUUCCUAAAAGAUGAUGCUA